AUGGACAGUGACGACGCGACUGCAGUGAAGACCAAGCGAGCUUCAUGUCCGAUAAGAACCCGAGAAAGCGCCAACAAGAGCCGCUUGCGCCGCAACGCGCGGCUGGCCACGCUCAUGACGGACAUAGCCGAGCUGAAGAAGAAAGAGCAGGAGCUACAGACGUUGUUGCUGGAAUCGUUUUUUCGAAAGAAGGACCCGCUGUAUGCUGCCGCCUCGCUGCUGCUCUCGUCCCCACUAACGAUGAAUCAGAGCAGAGUGGAUCUUCACAUGCUGGGGAACGGUCGGAAGAAGACAGAAGGCGACGAGAUUGGUGGAGACACACAAGUUUCGGACAUGACGAUGUUGACGCUUCGACCAGGCAAACGGCGUGCCGUGUCAUCCACGCUAUCCACCACAGCGAGUCUGACAGUGUGUUCGUCCGUGUUUGGAGUCACUGUUUUCACCAGCUGCGAUGGCGAUGCUGUCGUUUCUGGCACCAUUCGCAGUGUUGGACGUGUGCUGCACGAGUCUUCGAAGUCGUGUGGUAUAGAAAAGUACUCGUUGGAAGUGUCGAAGUCACUAGGGCGUUGGUGGAGACGACUGUGA